CAGGCAAGAGGAAGGGCAGCCCUUCUACGACGUCAUCACACAUGCUCCGUGCAGUCUUUCCACUAAAUCACUGAGGCGCGUAAGAUGCAGUGCAUCUGUGGUUAAUAGCUGAAUAUUUAAUCAUUUUAUAUUUUAGCGUAUCAAUAGCAUUGUUCUUUGAUGGAGGAGGUAGACGUUGCACCGGUACUGACUAAUAUUCCUGCAGCCAGUAAUGGAAAGCAUUUGGGAUUUGCUUGGGGUCCCGGUGAUAUCCUUGUGUAUGAGACCCUUUACAAAAAGUCAGGUCCUAAAGGCUCAAGCUGUUCUUUCAUCCACGAGGUCAGAAAAGAUGAAGACAUCUAUUCCCCUAUUUUACGCAAACUUUUCAAUGAGUCACAUCACAUCUUUGUUGGCCUGCAGACCACUAAAGAGGACCUCCCCAGCAAGAACAAAAAAUCCCAGUUUGUCAGCAUCAGUAAAAACUACAGAUCUGUGAUACGAGCCUCUAUGGAAGAGCUUCGGCAAGUUGCAGUUUCUACAAAAGAUUCAAAAGUGGCCACACAGUAUGGAAAUCAGUUGUCCAUUCUGAUGGCUGUGGAGCUCAUCUGGAACCUGUGUGAAGUGCUGUUCAUCGACUCGGCUCCUGCGGGUUCCUUGUUGCUCCACCUUCUGGACUGGGUAAGAUUACACAAGGCUGAUGUGGAUGAGAAGGCCAGAGAGGUGCUGCAGAGUGAGAGCCCUGCUGAGCACCGUGACUACUGGGAUGUGGUGGUGAGUUAUGUGCUGCAGGGCAGGUUGGAAGAAGCCAGACAGAUGCUGGUGAAGCAGGCCACUUUACAGCCUGCUGCUAGAAACAUGUACAAGCUGAUGGACACUCUGCUCAGCAAGAUGCCCUUCUACAAUCCUGCUGGCACCCAGACACUGUCAGAAUUUGAUGUGAAGUGGAGGCACUGGCACCAGGAGGUGACUCACUGCUGCCAGGACAACUCUUUUGCCAGCAACCGACACCUGGAGCUUAUAUGCAAGAUUCUAGUGGGAGAUGAAGACACACUGCUGGAGCACAAGGAACUAUUGGGCACCUGGUACCACUUCCUGGUCACUCGGCUGCUCUUCUGCCAUCCCACAGUCAAACCCACCGAGUUACAUUUCUAUGCACAGUCAUGCAUGACCAUAUUUCUGGACUUGAGGAGCGUCCCAGAACCCCUGGACAGCAUCUUACUGGCUGCCUUUGAGUACGACAUCCAUCAGGUCAUCAAGGACUGCAGCAUUGCUCUCAACAACUGGUGGUUUGUGGCCCAUUUGACAGAUCUCUUGGAUCACUGUCAACUCCUCCAGUCUCACAAUCUACACUUUGGAUCAAAUCUGAGAGAGUUUCUCCUGUUAGAAUAUGCCUCUGGUCUCUUUACUCAUCACAGCCUGUGGCAGUUGGCUGUGGACUACUUUGACCACUGCCCAGAGUUUGGCCGUGUCUGCCUGGAGCUGCAGAUUGAACGUGUCCCUUUAGAAACAGAGCGCAAAGCCCUUAAGGUGCUCAGGAUCUGUGAGCAGAGACAAAUGUCAGAGCAAGUGCGGAGUAUCUGUAAGAUCAUGGCUAUGCGGGCACUGAGGAACAACAGACUGGGCUCGGCUCUCUCCUGGAGCAUAAGAGCCAAAGAUGCAGCGUUUGCCACACUCAUUUCAGAGAGGUUCCUGCAGGAUUAUUGCACCAGAGGGAUGUUCUCAGAUCUGGACUUAAUAGACAACUUGGGCCCAGCAAUGCUGCUCAGCGACAGGCUCACUUUCCUUGGAAAGUAUCGUGAGUUCCACAGGUUGUACGGAGAGAAUCGCUUCAGGGAGGCGGCAAAGCUGCUCCUCUCACUCAUGAUGGCCAAGAUCGCCCCCCGGAGCUUCUGGAUGACUCUGCUGACUGAUGCCCUGCCACUGCUGGCGCAGAAAGAGGUGAUCUUCUCUGCAGACCAAACCCACGAGCUGAUGUUGUGUUUAGAGGAGCUCACCUCCUCAGUGAACAGCACAGCUCCUGGCACAGACAGGCCCAUGCAGGACGAAGACAUAGAGCUGACCAAAGUGGAGCUCCUGAGACUCGCUCUGGCCAGGAAUCUGGCUAUGGCUAUAGUCAAAGAGGGAACAGUGGAGUCAUGACUCGUGAAAUUGACAAGAAAGCUCUUUUGUGUUUUUGUAUUGUAUAUAAAAUUUAUGUAAUCAAAAUUUGCUCUUUGAUAAUAAAGCUUUUCAUGAUGAACAUUU